CUCACCGGCGCUUAGUUGACUCAAUUCCUGCACAAGCAUUUCGCGAACACAAGGAGUAUUGUCAUCGACACCAGGUCAAUCUCGUGUCACGUGCCUUUUCAUCCUCGCCAAUACAAUUCUGCCAUUGACCUUGACCAUCUCCCGUCAGGGUUGAGGAUCAGCAUAUAAUUGCUACGAUUUCACCUUCGAAUCGAAGCACCAUGAGCGCUAAAGAAACGUCGCCUCCUCUCAAUGAGGAUCACACCCUGCCAGACAGCGAUAAAGAACUACCUGAGGCACAACUACCAAAGGAUGAAGCCACCGAGAAUAGCGACCAUCGCACCGACCUCGAAAUGUCUCCAGAAGAAUACCGCUACAUCCUUCGUAAACUCGACUGGGCAAUCAUCCCGUACUGCUCACUUUUGUAUCUUCUCAGCUUCUUAGACCGGGUCAACAUCGGUCAAGCGGCUGUUGUCGGUCUCAAGACGGAUUUGAACAUUUCCAAGGGCAAUGCAUAUGCCAUUGCACUUUCGGUUUUUUUUGUUGGAUACAUAAUUGUGGAAGUGCCCUCCAACCUAAUUCUCAAGGCUGUUAAACCCCAUCGCUGGAUUCCAAUGAUCAUGAUCGCCUGGGGAAUUACCAUGACACUCAUGGGCCUGGUACAGAGCGGCGGGGGGCUCCAAGCCGCACGAUUCUUCCUUGGAGUCGCUGAGGGAGGACUCUUCCCCGGGAUUAACUUCAUGCUCACAUGCUGGUACGCCCGACGACAUCAAAGCUUUCGGAUCGGAAUCUUCUUCUCGGGAGCCACGCUUGCCGGCGCCUUUGGUGGAGUUCUUGCCUACGGUUUGAAAUACAUUCCGUUUCCAUCGUGGCAGCAUUUUGGCGACAUUCCUCAAAAGGCUGUGCCGCAACCGGGAGGAUGGCGCUGGAUUUUCAUCAUCGAGGGCCUGAUCACCUUUCUCUGCGCGAUUCCUGGCUGGUGGCUGCUUGUGGAUUUCCCUGCCGAUGACAACAAGAUCUUAACUCACUCCGAGACAGCCAAGUGGAACCACUUCCUAGCCAAGAGUCAGGGCGUCACCAACGCCAACGUUCCCUUCAGCUGGGAUCAGAUCCGCCAGUCCUUUGCGGAUUAUCGGAUGUAUUUGUAUGCGGUGCUCUACAUUUCCAUCGCUGAGCCGCUCUACUCGUUGGCACUCUUUACCCCUACUAUUAUUGCCGAUUUGGACUUUUCAGGUGCCUCAGCCAAUCUGCUGUCUGUCCCACCAUAUGUGUUGGGCUUCAUCACAACGAUGACUACCGCGUUUCUGGCGGACCGCUUCAUUAUGCGUGGGCCGUUUAUCCUGUUCUGGGCUUGCUUCGUCAUUAUCGGCUACGCUAUUCUCAUCUCAGAUGUUUCGUCAGGUGUCAAAUAUUUUGCCAUCUUCUUGACCGUCGCCGGCGUUUCUCCCAACAUUGCCCUGGCCAUCAGCUGGGUUGGCGCUAACUUCGGUCCAAUCUAUGUUCGGGCUACGGUGAUGGGCUUUUUCUUCACGAUCGGCAACUCUGCAGGGUUAAUAAGCAGCAACAUUUAUCCGACUACUGAAUCCCCAAGAUUUAUCAAGGGCCACGCCAUCAACCUUGGUUUUGCAGGGUUAACGUUCAUCUUGACGUCGCUCAUCAUGUUCAUCAACUGGCGACAUAACAAGGCUCGCGACGCUAUUUCAUAUGCUCAUCCGGAUGGUCGUGACGUUGAUCCAGCUCGCCUAGCCCAUGACGAUGAGAAAGCGCGAUGGGGAUACGAGGGUUACAGCCAUGAAGAACUUCUCAGACUCGGCGAUCAGCAUCGAGGCUUCCGUUACGUUCUCUAAGGGUUGGAAUUAGUUACAAGAAGAUACUGUAGAGGCUAUACUCAAUCCACGACUGGCGAGGAAGUAAGAAUACAACCUGUAGUGACUGAGAAGCCUUUGCGUACAGUACACUGUGAGUGGCUUAUGUGAUCUGGUUCAGGGGCGAAAUGAGAACCAUGAAACCGGGUUAAUGUGGAAUAUGGAAGUUUAGAACAUCGACC